AUUCAGACAGAGAAGAGGAGGAGGAGAGAGGAAGGUUAUUUAUGCCUCAGCAGGUCUGGAGGUAUGGAUCUUACAGCGAUGGCUUUCUACAAAGUGAUGUGUUUGGCUGCUGGGCUGAUGCUCCUGACCCAAGAGUCUGAGUCACAGCUGGAUGUUUGUGGUCAGCCAAAGCUCAACACCAGGAUUGUAGGAGGACAGGUGGCCCCUGUUGGCAGCUGGCCCUGGCAGGUCAGUCUGCAAAGAUCUGGGUCCCACUUCUGUGGAGGAUCCCUCAUUAACAGUCAGUGGGUGCUGACUGCUGCUCACUGCUUUCAAACCAGUACUCCAGCCGGUCUGACUGUGACUCUGGGCCUUCAGAGUCUACAGGGAUCUAAUCCCAAUGCAGUGUCUCGGACAGUAACACAGAUCAUCAACCAUCCAAACUACAACUCUGGUACCAACGACAACGACAUCUGCCUCCUGCAGCUCUCCUCAUCUGUGAAUUUCACCAGCUACAUUUCUCCCGUCUGCCUGGCAGCUUCAGACAGCAGCUUCUACAGCGGUGUUAACAGCUGGGUCACCGGCUGGGGCAAUAUAGGAACUGGAGUGUCGCUUCCUUCUCCACAAAACCUGAUGGAGGUGGAGGUUCCUGUUGUGGGAAACAGGCAGUGUAACUGUAACUAUGGAGUGGGAAGAAUCACUGACAACAUGAUCUGUGCCGGGUUAAGUGCAGGAGGAAAGGACUCCUGUCAGGGGGAUUCAGGAGGUCCAAUGGUGAGCAAGCAGAACGGUCGCUGGAUUCAGGCGGGAGUCGUCAGUUUUGGGGAAGGUUGUGCUGAGCCGAAUCUUCCAGGAGUCUACGCCAGAGUAUCCCAGUACCAGACCUGGAUCAACAGCCAGAUCUCCUCCAACCAGCCGGGCUUCAUGACGUUCACGUCCACUGGGACCAACAGUGACCUCAGUGUCAACUGCACAGGACUGCCACCAGUGCCAACCACCACUACAACUACCAUCACUACCCCUACAACCACCACACCUACUACCACCACCACUACCCCUACAACCACCACACCUACUACCACCACCACUACCCCUACAACCACCACACCUACUACCACCACCACUACCCCUACAACCACCACACCUACUACCACCAGCACUACCCCUACAAUCACCACACCUACUACCACCACCACUACCCCUACAACCACCACACCUACUACCACCAGCACUACCCCUACAACCACCACACCUACAACCACAUUACCUCCAACCACUCCCCAACCGGUGGUUUGUGGACAAGCUCCAAGAAAUUCUGGGAUUGUGGGAGGAACCUCAGAUGUGACAGCCGGCUCAUGGCCGUGGAUGGCGAGCUUACAGAAGAAUGGAAGUCACGUGUGCGGUGGGACUCUGGUGGCCUUGGACUCAGUGCUGAGCAACGCCAACUGUUUCUCAAGCUCUCCUGUAGCGUCCGAGUGGACUGUCGUGUUGGGGCGUCUGAAGCUAAAUGGAUCCAACCCCUUUGAGGUGACGCUGAAUGUGACAAAUAUCACUCUGAGCAACACGACCGGGACCAACAUAGCCAUCCUCCGUCUAUCUGCCCAGCCCACCCUGACCGACUACAUCCAGCCCAUCUGCUUGGACAGCGGGAGAACCUUCGCCGAGGGCUUGGCGUGCUGGGCGGCCGGUUGGAGUCCUGGAAGAGGAGGAGCUGAGGAAGUUAUGCAGCAGUUUCAGACCUCGGUGGUAAACUGUGGGAGCUCAUCAUCCAGUGAGAGCAUCUGUACAGACGUGUUUCCACUGCAGCAGGGUGAUUCUGGCGGCCCGCUGAUGUGUAAGCAGGGCGGCUCUUGGUUCCAGGCGGUCGUGCUAACAGCUCGUGCUAACAGCUCCUCUGCCAGGAGGAGACGACAAACUCCAGUUAUGACCUUCACCAGAGUGAGCUCCUUUGGUACCUUCCUGACGGAGACGCUGGGGACACUCUUGUCUCCGGCCUCCACGACCACCACCACCAACCCCACCAACGCCUCCAACACCACCACCAACACCACCACAACUACCUCAAACCCCGUAUCACAAAGCAGCGGGGGUCGUCCUGCUCACUCCUUCAUCGUUGUCUUCUUCCAUCUCAUCAGCCUCGUCCUUUGUCUCCAACUCUUCCUGUAGAGAGUCUGACUUGAUCGACAUGAUGUGAUGGACACAGAUGAAUGUGAACAAGCUUCCACUCUAAGACUUUACAGGCUUAAAGCUGUGUAUGCUAGUCUUUGACUUGACUCUUAACUGGUUAUCUGCAGAGAGCUCAGUGGUGACGUUUGGGCGAGUUUACUGUCGACUAACGGCGACUUAGGUGCACCAGUUCCAAGAAAAGGAAGCUGGUUGUGCAAUGUGUGGCUUGAGCUCUGACUCACAGGGGCUUUGAGCUGGACUCUGGUUUAAGGGUGUAAAAAUGAAGAAGUUCUUUAAACUUGCACUGAACAUUAAACUGUAGCUCAAGUGUUUAGAAGUUUUCUUAAGCUAAACAGAUCAUUAGUGUGUCUGCAUCAUUGUUACUGUUUCAUAUAUAUCUAUAUAUUUUAAUCAAUGCAACAAUGAAAGAUGUGAAAUCUGCAUAUUUUUAAAUUUUUACAGUUUUUGUGCGUUUUCAGGACAGAGUAGAUUAAUUGUAACCUUACAGUCACAAACAUAUUGCUGAUUAAAGACAGGACCAAAGUUAUUCUUGCAGUCUUUAUCAGAUUUAAAGAAGCAUCAUUUAGAGAUCCUGGAAACAAGGGGACAUCGAUCAGACUGUCCCUCUCCUACCUCACAUCUGGGCCACAAACACUUAAGCACUUAAACAAUAUUUGCCUUGAAAACUGUUAAUUAAACGGAAAGUUUAUUUAACAGUUAUUUAAAAUGGAAGAAAGUUAUUUAAAUGGAAGAAUAAAUGAAUAAAAAACUUCUUGUAAAUGUGUAAAUAUAAAAAUACAAAAACAACAACAACGAGCUUUGGUUGUUUUACUGUCCGCACAAACUAAAGAGACAAAAUAAAAUGUGAAUAAUUUGCUUCCA